AAGAAACAACAAACAUAAAGGAGCCAAUGGCUGGUUUUGGACUCUUCAUACACGCUUUAACGGACUUCUUCUUUGUUCUUUUAAUGGUUCCUAGUAUCAGCAGAAUUGGAUAAACCGGCUUCUUCAAAUUUAUCUCGACUAAAGUCUAAAUUUCUUAGAAAGAAAGGCCUUUGGCCUACGGAUUGAGCUUACUCUAGUGGAUUGCUAUAAUCACCCAAUAUAUGGUAUCCAAUGAUGCUGAAACUCGUGGCUGAAGGUUGCAUUGGUGGUUUUCCUUACAAGUGUUUCAGUCUGCUAGCAUGGAUGUAGCUGGCAGUGACAACAAUAGUCAUCCUUGGACGAGAGUUUGCAAUUGUUACAAAGUUUCAAUCCUCAAGGACACACUAUUGGACUGCACCCAUAUUGCAGAUCUGAGAGAUCAGUAUGUUCUUGGAGAGCAGUUGGGAUGGGGCCAAUUUGGUGUGAUAAGAACAUGCUCUGAUAAGUUCACCGGUGAGAUUCUGGCUUGCAAAUCAAUUACAAAAGACAGGCUGGUCACGCCAGAAGAUGUGCGCAGUGUUAAGCUUGAGAUUGAGAUAAUGAUUAGGUUGUCUGGACACCCAAAUGUUGUGAAUCUCAAGGCAGUUUAUGAGGAUGAUGAUUAUGUGCAUCUAUUAAUGGAGUUGUGUGCUGGUGGGGAGCUUUUUCACCGUCUUGAAAAGCAUGGAAGGUUCUCGGAAUAUGAUGCUGGGGUUAUCUUUAGGCAACUAAUGCAAGUUGUUCUGUAUUGUCAUGAGAAAGGCAUUGUUCAUAGAGAUUUGAAGCCGGAAAACAUUCUCUUAGCUAACAAAUCUUUGUUAUCACCAAUCAAGUUGGCAGAUUUCGGUCUUGCAACUUACAUCAAACCAGGGGGAAAUUUACAUGGAACUGUUGGAAGUCCAUUUUAUAUAGCUCCUGAAGUACUGGCAGGAGAUUACAAUCAGGCUGCUGAUGUGUGGAGUGCUGGUGUUAUUCUUUACAUUCUUCUCAGUGGGAUGCCUCCAUUCUGGGGGAAGACUAAGUCAAGGAUCUUUGAUUCUGUCAGGGCUGCAGACCUGCAGUUUCCUUCUGAUCCUUGGGAUAAAAUAUCAGCAUCCGCCAAAGACUUGAUCACCGGAAUGCUUUGUGUGGAUCCUUCAAAGAGACUUACCGCUGCUCAGGUUCUAGCUCACUCCUGGAUGGUGGAUUGUAAACAAGCAGCUCAAGAACCAUACAGGCAGGACAUACUUGAGUGCAGACAGCUAGAAGUUGGUGGAGGUUCUUUCUCUACCCCACUUAUUUCUAGGAAUCGGGACUAUAGCUUCAGUUAUGGAUCACCGGCAACUGGUGAAAGUCAGCAGGGGCAAUAUCCUACAUUUACGUGCAAGUCGUCAUUUUCUUCUUCUUUCCUAGUUGACAACAGCACUCCUUGCCCAUCACCUGGAGGUUUUUCUUUUAGCAAUUGUGGCAGCUCAGACACAACAAAAUUCUCAUACCCAAUUCCCUCGAUGCCUAGCUUCAACUUCUUCAGCCCAUGCUCUGCAGCUGAUCAAGAAAGUAUUUCCUUAAGAUAUAAUGCCAACUUAUCAGCAGUGGAAACAAUCCCUGGAGAAUCAAGCCUGGAAAAGCUAUUAAUUCUGCAAGAUUUUGCACCUCCUUUAAAAGGUGAGACAGGAGAGAUGGAUCACGGGACAGCAGCUCGUAGGGGAGGGAAUAAUGGGUCUCGGGUAUCAGGAAUCCAUGGCAAGAGAAAUCACACCAUUGGACUUGGUGAACGCGAUCACCUGGAUAUAAUAGUGACAGAAUCAAUUAUCCGCUGGGCAUCGUGCACACAUAUCCCGACUGCCCCAUCGCUUAGAUUAUCACUCGUCUUCUAACCGUAGACAUUGUCGGUAUUUGGCCAGAUACGGAUGGAUUGUGCUAUUUUGAUUGACAAUUGAGGAUUGUAAGUGCAGACCAAGGCAGUUGACUGUACACUUUCAUGUGUGAAAAUUAGUUAACGUCCUUAUUGUAACCUGGCAUAUUGUAUCUCUUUGUGCUUCAUGGCAUGGCGUCUGACCAUGGAUUAGCUAUUGUAGUUUUGUUUGAUAUUUUAUUGCAGUAUUUCGACAUCCUUUUCGUACGAAACGUUGUACGACCUCUAAAAAUUAUGAUGAAACUUAUUUGCAUCCCAUUAUUUAUUGACUA